AUGGCCCAAAAAUAUCUAGAGGUCUAUGAAAGGGUUGCCGAAUUAAAGGAAACGGUUGAAACUAUGAUCCAUCCAAGGAUGUUGAAUGGAAUUCAAGAGAUAGCCCAAUGUAAUCUUAUAGACGAAUGGCAAAUAUGGCUUAGAAGAGCAGAACAAGGCAGAGGUACAGUCUUAGGCGUAAUAGCAUCACAACUACAGCAAUGGAUUAAUGCUAGGAUAGGUCUUCCAUUCCGAUCUACUCAAAUAAUAUCUGGUCAUGGAUGUUUCGGUAAAUUCUUACACCGUAUAGGUAGGGAGACGUCUAGUGCGUGUUGGCAUUGCGACUCUGUGUGCGACUCCGCUUCACACACAUUACGUGAUUGUCCAGCGUGGGCAAUCGAAAGGGCUAACCUCUUAAGGGAAGUGGGGGAUUUGUCCUGGGAAACUCUGAUUCGGGCCCUUUACAGAGACAAGGGCAGGUCGGCCUUUGUGACAUUUGCCGAAAAAGUCAUGCGAAGGAAAGAAAAUACGGAAAGACUUAGGGAGGGAAUGCCAAUGUAA